AUGGCUUCCACGGAAGUUGCAGCAUGGGAAGGUUCUCGCGGUCAUUCAGCACCAAAAGGAACGGAAACGCCGUUAAUGGAUUUGGAAGCAAGAGCUGAUAUUCAUUUCAGAAAUCUUUUAGCAUCUUUGCGAACACUUUUGAAAAAUUUAAACCGUACAACUAAUUACAGUGAAUCAAUGCUUUUUCUUAAACCCUUUAUUAAAAUUUGUGUUCGUCUUGGAUUCAUUUCACCGCUGGUUUUGGUUAAAGAUUUUGCCCCGAAUAUUCAAGAAUUUUUGAAGUUCAUGGAUUAUAGAUUUAGACGCUCGCUUCCAGGUAAGACUAGUGCACCAUCUUCGCUAUUUUCCAGUUCCGGUAUAUAUUCUUAUAAAUAUGAACAAGAAUUUGUUGAAAUCCGCCUUCUUGGAAGAGGAGGCUUCUCAUCUGUUUUUCUGGCUCUUUCCUUGUUCGACCAAUGUCAAUAUGCUAUAAAGAAAGUUGAUCUGGAUGAGGGAAUGUAUGACGACCAAAUUCAAAUGAAAGAGAUUUUUAAAGAAGUAGAAUUAUUAGCAUCUUUACGUCACAAAAACAUUGUCAGAUACUAUAAUUCAUGGAUUAAUAUGAGCAGGAAAGCUGGAAAUAGUCCAGUGUCGAGAAGCGGGUCUGAAUCUAGUGAACCAUCUCUUUCAAAUUCAGAUUUAGAAAACUCUUCAAGCACGAGUCGAUUAAGUUCUUCAAGUGAAUAUAUGAGCUGUCUUUUUGAUAAUAGCCAAUCUGGAAAUGCGAAUGAUCCUUUACCUGAAGAAGCAGACGAAUGCAUGAAAAUUAAGCGAGGUUUGCCUCAUCGACUGAAAAAGAAGCAAGAUUUGAUAUUUUGUGAAAAAGAAGUACUUGCAAGGUCUCGACCAAGUAAAUCAUAUCGUUCAGAUUCUGAUUCAGUGGAUUUCAUAUCUCGCGCUUCGUUUAAACUAAUUAUACAAAUGGAAUUCUACGAACAAUCACUUUAUGAUUAUAUAAUGGAGCGAAUGAAAAAAAAGAAUCCCAUCGAUCUCGGUUUUAAUAUACACGUUAUCAAGCAGAUGGCUAAGGCCUUAAAAUAUAUUCAUCAAAUGCAUAUUAUUCAUAGAGAUGUAAAACCUGCUAAUAUAUUUUUGCAAAAACGUGAUGGAAAAUUCCCACAUGUUUUACUUGGCGAUUUUGGUCUAGCUUGUGUGAUUAACGAUGAAGCGAUGGGACAGUUUGCGGGAACUCCACCAUAUACGGCUCCGGAACGGAAUCGGGGGUCUUAUGAUUAUUUGGUUGACAUCUACAGCCUUGGAAUUAUUAUGAUUGAAUUAUAUUAUUCAUUUGAAACGCUUGAGGAGCGAUCUUAUGUUAUUGGUCGUUUUCGUCUGUUGCAGUUCAAUGAACAAGACCAAAAUUUUCUGAAACAAUUUCCUGAAGAAUCCGAACUUCUUCUUUCAAUGUGUUCAGAAAACAUAAAUCGUCGUCCUAGCUCAGAUCAACUUUAUAACAGAUUAUGUGCAAUGAAAAGUGCUUUUAUUUCUUGUCUAGGGCAAGAAAAUGAAAAUAUGCAAAAGAUUGCUGAGUUAGAAUCAUCAUUGAAACAAACCAAGGAGCUUCUGGAAUUUUACGAAGCUGAGAACACCCAUCUCAAAAAUCUUUCUAUUUUACUUGGGUUGGAAAUACCCUAA